AUGAUUUCGCACGGAAGUGUAUAUAAGCUUGCGAAGAAACUACAAUGUCUUCAUGAUCCGGAAAUCGACAUAGUACCAAAACCCGUAAAAAUGGACUUAGUACGGCACAAAAUUCGUGAGAAUCUGCACAAAGCAUAUUUGAAAAACGAGAAGACAUACAAUACUCGUUGCCGUCAAGUCAAGUUUGUACCAGGUCAAGAGGUUUAUCGCCGCAACUUUCAGCAAAGCGAUUUCAAAAAUAAUUUUAAUGCUAAACUAGCCAAGAAAUUUUUAAAAUGCCGAAUUGUCAGACCUAUUGGUAAUAGCCUAUACGAGGUUGAAGACCUUCAAGGAAAAUCGUUGGGGGUAUUUCAUGCCAAAGAUUUGAAACAAUAG